CCAUCGAGGAAGUCAGCAUUAUUGGAUUUAACAUUAAAUCCACAUGAAUUGCAUCGUGCGCAGACAGAGAUGGUGUACGUACAAGAAUGAUAAGCAUAUUUCGUUGGGGUCCCCAAAGGUUGGCUUUGACAUUGACGGUAAAAUUGUAGCUUAAAAAUUUAGGUUAAAUUGGCUGGGCAUUUGACCUCAGAAGGCCCUUUAGCGCUUCACGGGAAGUAUGUUGUUAUAGAGGUGAUUUGCGUGUUUUACACGGGCGUAGGUAAAAGAGGGCCAUCGUUGGGGUGGACAAGAAUAGGUGGAUUUAGGUGAAGGAGAGUGGCAGCCAUUACAGGUGGGCAGAACAGACGCAAUCAAAGCUUAGAGGAAGUUUUGGCGGUCAAUUGGCGUGGCACAGUGAAAGUAAUGUGAGUGAGGGGGGAAGGGGAAGUGGAGUGACGGGACACGUUUGUAGUUGUUGAGGAGCAGUCGGGGGUUACGGUUAGGAUUUCCCAUCUGCAGUUCAAAAUGGAAGACGGAUCGGGCCCAACCUCUGCCCCUCCUUUGCGCUGUGCAGGCCGCAUUGGUGCGCAUUUCGCUCAUCUUCUAAGCUAAGCAACCCAAUGCCUCUCCAUUUAUCCCCAUUUUUCAUCUUGCGUUCAUUCUGUUCUGUGCGUGCGCAAUGGCGUCCAAGGGGAAUAGCAGCAGCAAGUACAGGAAGACGUCGCCUCUGAUUCCCAAGUCGCCCACAUCGCCGGCGUCUUCUACAGCGUCGUCUUAUUUGUCGAGCAGCAUGGGCUUUGGCUCUACGUCCAAGUCGGCCGGACGGAGUACGCCCACAACGCCUGGCAGCGCACGGAACUUGCCGCCAUUUGCCAUUCAGAGCAAGUCCCUUCAGCCUUAUGCUUAUGCCGAGAGCCUCGCCUCAGCAGAUUUUCAGAAGUCCAAGGAGAACGUUACCGUCACUGUUAGAUUUCGUCCUCUCAAUUCACGAGAAAUUCAGAAGGGAGAUGAAAUAGCUUGGUAUGCAGAUGGAGAUACAACCGUUCGGAAUGAAUACAAUCCAAUGACAGCUUAUGCAUUUGAUAGAGUGUUUGGGCCUGCAACUACCACACGACAUGUCUAUGAUGUAGCUGCACAACAUGUAGUUGGUGGUGCAAUGGAGGGUGUAAAUGGCACGGUGUUUGCAUAUGGUGUGACAAGUAGUGGCAAGACCCAUACAAUGCAUGGCGAUCAAAAAUCUCCUGGAAUAAUACCUCUGGCAGUGAAAGAUGUAUUUAGCAUUAUACAGGAUACACCUGGUCGAGAGUUUCUUCUUCAUGUCUCGUAUUUAGAAAUCUAUAAUGAGGUUAUAAAUGACCUGUUAGAUCCUGCAGGGCAAAACCUGAGAAUAAGAGAAGAUGCUCAGGGAACAUAUGUUGAAGCGAUUAAAGAGGAGGUUGUUUUGUCUCCGGCUCAUGCUUUGUCUCUUAUAGCUGCAGGAGAAGAGCACAGACACGUGGGAUCCAAUAAUUUUAACUUGCUCAGUAGUCGAAGUCAUACAAUUUUUACAUUGACAAUUGAAAGCAGCCCCUGUGGUGAAAAUAGAGGGGAUGAAGAUGUCACCCUUUCUCAGCUGAAUCUCAUUGACCUUGCAGGCUCUGAAAGCUCAAAAACAGAAACCACAGGGUUGCGAAGGAAGGAAGGUUCUUAUAUUAACAAGAGUCUUUUGACACUUGGAACUGUAAUUUCAAAGUUGACAGAUGGGAAGGCAACACAUGUACCUUACAGGGACUCAAAACUCACUCGUCUUCUGCAAUCUUCCUUGAGUGGCCAUGGACGUGUAUCACUUAUUUGCACUGUUACCCCUGCAUCGAGCAGUACUGAGGAGACGCAUAACACGUUGAAGUUUGCUCAUCGAACAAAGCAUGUGGAGAUUCAGGCAGCUCAGAAUAAGAUUAUAGAUGAGAAGUCAUUAAUUAAGAAAUACCAGAAAGAGAUCCAAAACUUGAAGCAGGAGUUGGAUCAGUUAAAGAGAGGUAUGACGGAGAAGCACUACUUGGUAGCUCCUGGUCAAGAUGAUCUUGUAACACUAAAACAACAGCUGAAAGCUGGCCAAGUAAAGCUACAGUCGAGAUUGGAGGAAGAAGAACAAGAAAAAGCUGCCUUAAUGGGAAGAAUUCAAAGGCUAACAAAGCUGAUUUUAGUAUCUACAAAGAACACGAUCCCCUCAAACUUUCCAGAAAGGUCUGGUCAUCGACGGAGACAUUCUUUUGGAGAAGAGGAGUUAGCAUAUCUACCAGAUAGAAGACGUGACCUCUUGAUUGAUGACGAAGACAGCCAUGAUUCAGAAUUUUCCAUGGAAGGAAAGGGUGAUAACAAUCCCAUGGAGGAGACAAUUAAGGACAAGAAGAAAAACAGAAAGCAUGGCAUGCUCAACUGGUUUAAACUACGGAAGCAAGAGAUUGGUGGAAUUUCCACAAAUAUUGAUAAUGAAAGCUCCCCGACUGCAUCAUCUGUAUCUGGUACCACUUCAUCCUUAAAUGCAGACUCUCCAGUAGAUUCUAAGACAGGGCGGAGAAAGUCAGUCAGUCUUAGGGUGGAUGAUGUGGCACCUGUGAUUGAUUCCUUUAAUGAACGAACACAGGCUGGAGAUCUAUUCAGUGCAACAGUUCGUGGGCGACGGCCACCUCCAACGGGAACUACAAUGGCUGAUCAAAUGGAUCUUCUUAGAGAACAAGUGAAGAUGUUGGCUGGGGAGGUUGCUCUCUGUACAAGUUCCCUGAAACGCCUUUCUGAGCAGGCUGCUAGCAAUCCAGAUGACUUUCAACUUCAAGUUCAAAUGCAAAGCAUGAAGGAUGAGAUUGAGGAAAAGAAACGACAGAUGCAGGUUCUUGAAAAGCGCAUGCUAGGUUCUAUUGAAUCUUCGCCAAACACUGCUAAUAUUUUGGAAAUGUCACAGUGUAUCUCAAAACUUACAGCUCAGUUGAAUGAGAAAACUUUUGAGCUUGAGAUCAAAACUGCAGAUAACAGAGUACUUCAAGAGCAGCUACAAACAAGGGUGUUAGAGUUGAAUGAGAUGCAAGAGACAGUUCUUUUGCUCAGACAACAACUUAAUGCUGCAAUGGAGAAGAAGUCUCUUGAUGAAUCACAGUCUGCUACUCCUUACAACACAGGUGGCUGGCUUAAUACCUGCAGCUUGUCUGGAGAGCUUCGGCAUGUUGAAAACAGCUUAGAUGUUAAGAGGCCAGAUUCGACUAAUCAAUUACCAAGAGGAUCUUUGAUUGUUGAAGAGGAUAUUUCAUUGCAGUCACAAGUUCUUAUGCAGGCUGCUGAGAUUGAGAAGCUAAAGCAAGAUAAAGUUCGUUUGAUUGAAGAAAAAGAUGGACUUGAAGUUCACAGCCAGAAGUUGGCAGAAGAAUCAGCUUAUGCUAAAGAACUGGCCUCAGCUGCAGCAGUGGAACUAAAAGCUUUAGCAGAGGAAGUAACAAAGUUGUCAUAUCAGAAUGCUAAAUUAACAUCUGAUUUGGAAGCAGCACAAGAGUCCACCUUUCGAAGAGCUGCCAAUGGCUCUAAGUAUGGUCAAAAUGAUGAAACCCAAGACAUAUACACAGGUGGCAGGAGAGAAGGACACAUGAGAAAGUUUGACCAAGGGACAGUUUUGAGUGAUAUUAGGAGGGACCUAAUUGCAUCUCAUGAAAGGGAAGCAGCCCUAGAAGCUGCACUGAUAGAGAAGGAACAAAAGGAAACAGAGCUUCAAAAAAAAAUUGAGGAAGCAAAGCAAAGAGAAGCAGACCUAGAAAAUGACCUUGCAAAUAUGUGGGUUGUUGUUGCAAAACUGAAGAAAGGUCGAGAGAAUCCAGAUGAAGUCACUUUGGGAUUGAACGCAGGUGAAGGUAGUACACCUAGAAGCAUUGUAAAUGACAAUAUUGUGGCACACUCUGUUGAGAGAAGCAACAAUUAUGAUGAGAAAAGGCUGGAUCAAACCACGGAGAGUAGGGGUACUGUAGAAGAGCUAAAAAUUUCUCUUGAUAAUGAGAGGCAAAAGCGUGUGGAGCUGGAAUCUCUAAUAUCUCAACUUAAGAGUGAGGACAUUGAUGGCUUGGACCUUCCAACUCUUGAUGAUCUGCAAAGUCUCCAUGUGGAUGCGAUUACAAAGAUUUGCCAUGCAAAGGUUCGAAUGCAAGAAAAGAGUGAGAAAGAGGGAUUCAGAGCUAGCAAGGUUGAAUCAUAUGAUGAAUCGAACAGCAGCUUCUGUAAAGUUUGCUUUGCUGCACAAACUGCAGCUGUUGUCCUUCCCUGUCGGCAUUUAUGUUUAUGCAAGACAUGUGCUGUAGCCUGCACAGAAUGUCCAGUUUGUAACAAUGUUAUUACUGACAGAGUCAUUACAUACAAGUCUUGAGGUGAGACUCGGAAGGUUUUUUCUUUCUAAUUAUUGCUACAUUGAUGAGCUUCAUUUCUUGAUGUUGAUGAAAAGGGGUAACCUUAGAGGAGGCAAGCUCAAGUUUCAGCACAAUUCUUGCAUUUUUAGGAAUUAUAACCUUAUGAUCUACAUUUGGCAUAAAGUGCUUGUCACAAUUGCGUCUUGGAUUACAAUCCUUUUCAGUCUUUUCUAUCUUCUUUAUGUUUAUCUUGGCCCCUCUGUCUGAAAAUUCAUCUGAGGCAUUAUUCACUCUGAGCUCAAUACAAUUUUUUUUGUUUUCCUCCAUAUGACUAAAUACAUAUUACAAUCUUCAAAGAAUAUCCUGGCUGGGCCAUGCAUCCACUGAACACUGAUAUGUUGUAUUUUUCUCGAGAAGAAUUGUCUUUUGGAAAAGAGCUGAAAAUACAAAGUGCAGAACAGCAUUUCAGCUAUGAUAGCAUAAUAUGAUUCUGUACAAUGUGAUGUAUUCUGGGAAAAGUGUAUGAGAGACAUUUACAUUGGGAAGAGCAUUUUGAUGGUUGUUUCUUCUCAACCGGUGUUAUAUUGCUGGUCAAGUUUGGUUUUCUUUGGACCUGUAGAUUAUCCAAGAUUUGCCUUCUUAGCGAGAGUAAUCCGCUUAGUGUGACGUGUACAACUGUGGCUCCAGUUGUUUCCUUGGUGGCCAUUUUUUGUGGGAAGUAACUUGGCACCGGAUUUGAUGCUCCUCCUAUAUAGAGGAAGGCCUUUGUGCUUUGGAAUUUUGUAAAGCUAAUUUCCUCGAGGAAAUAUGCAAUAACUAAUUGCCAAAAUCAUGUACUAACAUCUUGGAAUUGUGAAGUAUUGCUGUCUACGUGAGUUAUAAAAUGUAGCUGCUUUGUUCU